AUGGAUCCACAAAAACACUCCGAAGAGCCGCCUGAGAAGGCUGUUGCUUCCCCUGAUGCUGUUCCUAUCGAUGUUGCCCCGUCAGAAAAUAUGCAAAAGGGCCGCUGGGAACGUAGUUGGCCUACUAUCGCUUGCGGCGCAGGUCUCUUCUCAGACGGUUAUCUGAAUGGCGUGAUCGGAUCUGUCAAUACAAUUCUCGGUAAAAUCUACCCGGACUCAUACAGCAACUCCCCCGCCAGCCAGAAUGUUUCGUCCAUCACAUUUGCCGGCACUGUACUCGGUCAGCUUGUCUUUGGAUAUGUCAGCGAUCAUUGGUCGCGAAAAUGGUCCCUGAUGAUCUCAACGAUAAUUUUGAUCAUAUUUAGCGCCUUGUGUGCUGGUGCGUACGGCUUGAAUGGCAGCCAAUACGGCUUGUUCGCUGCCUUGACGGCUUAUCGUUUCUUCCUGGGAAUUGGAAUUGGUGGAGAAUAUCCCGCCGGAUCUGUCGCAGCUGCGGAAAACACAGGCGAACUGAAGAAAGGACAUCGGAAUCGGUGGUUCAUUAUGUUCACCAAUUUCCAAAUCGACUUUGCAUAUGUUGUCUCCGCCUUGGUUCCUAUGAUCUUGGUCUUGAUAUGUACCGAGAACCAUCUGCGCCUUGUCUGGCGUAUAGCCCUGGGGUUGGGCGUAAUCCCACCCCUUAGUUUGUUUUAUCUGCGAUUGAAACUGGAAGAACCAGAGGAGUUCAACAGGGAACGUAUGCAUAAGUUCCCUGUCUGGCUGAUCAUCCGGUUUUACUGGAAGCGUUUGGUAUGCCCCCAGUGUUGCCACUUCCGCACGGUGGUGUCCCUCAUAUGGUUUAUCUACGAUUUCUCGGCGUACUCCUUCAACAUCUACUCCUCCAAAUGGGUGGGUAUUAUCCUGGGGGAUAGCGCUCCUCUCUGGAAGACCUUCGGCUGGACUACCGUAACCAAUGCUUUCUACAUCCCCGGCUCUUUCUUGGGUGCCCUGGUGAGUGACUGGAUUGGACCUCGCAACACGUUAGCCAUUGGGGUUGGCCUUCAAGGAGUUAUCGGUUUCGUUAUGUCAGGUUGCUAUGAGUAUCUUAGUAUCCCAAAGAAUGUUGCAGGAUUUGUCGUAGUCUUCGGUAUUUUUUCCGCUCUCGGUGAGUUCGGACCUGGAGACAACAUCGGGCUUUGUGCUGCGAAGUCCAGCGCAACUGCAAUUCGAGGUCAAUAUUACGCCAUAGCUGCGGCUGCUGGCAAGAUUGGGGCCUUCGUCGGCACCUAUGUCAUUCCAAUCAUCCAGAAGAACGCCCCCAAUGAGGUCCGUUCGGGCCAGGAUCCUUUCUUUGUCUCGAGCUCAUUGUGCCUUCUGAGUGCUGCAAUGGCCUACUUUCUGUUGCCACAUAUUGGACAGGACACUAUUACCGAAGAAGAUGAAAAGUUCCGCGCUUUCCUCGAGGCCAACGGAUAUGACACCUCGACGAUGGGCAACAGAGAAGCACGGUAG